UACGGCAAACACCCAGCCAUGAGUUAAGAGCACAUAAACAUAAACCUCACCCAGCAAUAUUCAACAAGCUGUUAAUGGUGAUUUUCCACACUGCUUUCAUAAAGAGUCACCUAAUCAAAGUGUUUUGAAGCUUGUGAUGAGGCAGUGCCAUUGCACCACUAAAUCCAUGUAAAUCCUGUGUACCAAGGAAACAUUGCACAUACAUCGUGUGUGUACAACCAGGAACUGCAAGUUGAAGGAAUCCUCCCUUCCCUCCUUUUCUGUUGUGUUUUGGUCUCCCUUGACCUCUGAUCUAGUUUGCUGCCAGUGGACACUACCAGCCACAAGAGUGGCACUACUCUCACGUCCACAAUGCCAUCCUGGGCCCUUUUGGAGAGCUGAUGACUGAAGAUGACCUCAUCCGUAUUGAGAAGCAAAUUGAGAACUUGCAGGUUAUGCACAAAGUCACAGAGGUGGAGAAGGAGCUGGAAGAGCUGGAGCGAGAGCUUCAGCAGCUCCUUCCUGUGUCUGCUGCCCUCAACCAGGAGCACUUCUCAGUGAACCCCAAGCAAGUCCAUGGGCAGGCAGAGGAUCUGCCUGCCUGGUGCAGCAAGAUAUCCACCCUGCUCAAGAGCAUGGCUAUCCUCCUUGCCACCCUCGGAGGCAAAGAGAUAGACAUCUUGGAUAUGAUAUCCCCUGGCUAUUCCUCAGGAGAAACAAAAAGCAUGAAGACUGGACAGACAAUCCCAGCAGGGCCUGUUACAUCUGGAGUUAUUGGGCGAUCUCAGUCCUUCUCCACCAGGGAGGAAGUGGAGAAAGAGAUAAAGCAAUGUGGUGUCUCGGUUAAGAACCUCAAAGCCAACUAUGAAAUCCAGACUCAGUCUCAGUUUGCUGAUGACAAAGCAAACAGGGUAUACAUGCGCAAGAGAUCUCUCCCUGUACUAAGUGAAUCUAGCUACCACCCUGAACCUAUUCAGGAGGAUGAGUACCAAUCCUCCCCGGCAGAAGCCCUCCAGUCUUCUACCAAUGGAAUGUUGACUCCAGUGCAAGAGUCCCCCUUACCUCUGGUGGAGGAACCUCUGAUUACGCCAUCUCAUGCUCACCUUACGCACACAUCUGAAAUAAUCCCUCAGCCAGAUCAAUUCAGCCAGGUACUAUCAGCAGACCCCAUUUUAAAUCAUGAACAGUUGACCAGGAGCUUGGAAGUGCAGACAGACAUAAGCUAUGUCCAAGAAUGCAUUGAGAUGAGGAAGGAGAGGAUUGUAUUUUUGUUCCUUGAGCACUGGCGUAAGUAUACCCUCUCAGAGUCUUACAGGCCGAAGUACAUUGGUAGACGAGGAAGUCACCUGGGAGUGGGACUUGAAGAAUUUAACCAAUUCAGUGCGGAGAUGGAAGGAGACAUGCAGAGUCAGGAUGACAUGCUCCUCCUCUUCAUGAAGUCAAAACAGGUGGUGGGGAAUCUGAUUGGCCACUGGAGAAAUAUCAUGAGUCAGGUGCCGACUCGUCAGAUCCGGCGCCUCAGCCGCGCCCAGAUGAUCUACUGGCCGGAGCACUUCCUGCCUCACAUUAAUGGGGCUCCCGUCAGCUACGAGAGCUUGACCUUGGACCUCUUCAUGCUGGGCUAUUUCCAGCUCCUUGAGAUGAACAUUUCUAGAAGUGAGCGCAAGUUCCGGCACUUGUUGUGCUAUGAAAUGUUCGACCGUCUUGGCAGUCAUAAAUGGGAAGUUAUUCGCCAGUUCCAUCGGGAGGUCAUGGAGGAAAUUGAACGAGGAAAGAGGGACUGGGCAGAUGGAUUUGAAGACAUUAAGCUUAAGUACUUUGGGGACUCAGUAGAUGGAGGUGGAAUGAUGACAGCCUCCCUAUUCUCAAUUUCUCCUGACUUAACUAUAAUACCAAUCCCUGAGCCUCCAUCAGCACUACCUGCAGAUCGUGAACCACCUCCCCCUCCUUCACAUCCUCCACCCCCUCCACCACCCACACACCCUGCACCUCCUACACCUCAACCAGAACAUCCCGUGUCACCACCUCAGGACCCUGCGCAGGAAAGUGUUGAGCACAUUGAACAGAGCAGCACUUUGAAGGACAGCUUGCCAGAAAAUGCUCAGGAUAACCUUAAGACCACUGAUCCGAUGGAAGAGCCACUGAAGCCUUUGCAGUCCACCAGGGAAAGUGCAAUGCAGGACAUUGCUGCAAAAGACACACUGCAGCAUUCUGCAGAGGAAACUGUACAAAACUCAACAGGACAGGUCAUUACACCAGCCGACUCAGCACAGAGUGCUGUCCAGACACCAGUGGAAGUCAGUCCACCUGUUACAGUUCAGGUCACCGAAGAGACAUGUGUGCAUAAACCUGCACCCAGGGAAGAACCUAACGAGGACUCUAUCAAACUGAUCUAUGAGCUAAAAGAGUUCAGUAACGAAGAGAUCAUCAGGUACAUCGACCGCAGCUUUGCCUUUUGGAAGGAAAAGGAAGCAGAGCUUUUUGAUAUCUGACCACCAUUGGUGGAUGGUUAACAAAUACCGUAUGGGAAAGGGUCACCAAAACAUGUUGCUUAUGACUGGAUUAAGCAGACAUUGAAGCACUGAAGGUCAGGGAAACUAGUUUCCUUAAUAGGUUAUGCAGGGGAGGUAAGCUUAAUCUUGGUGUUAUUUUUUGGACCAAAGGUGGUGAGUACUGACAUGUGAUCAGUAAACCAAGUCUAUCCGGUAUGUUCUCAGAUAGAUGACUGUCAGAUCACCUCAGUAAAUGCAGACUAGUGGAUGACUCAUACAUGAGAUGGAAUUGGAUUGUUCCCAUGAACAUUGCAACUGGCCGCUAGGCCUUCGGUUUGGUAUUUCCAUGUUGUGAUGGAAUUUAAUAUAUUAUAUGAGGUUAUGUCUAUUAUUAUAGGCUCUGGAUUGGGAAAUAACAAAACAAAACCUCUCAAUCAAAAAAUAAAAUAAAACUGGGCCAGGGUAUUUUUUAAAUAAAAAUGUACACUUUCACUUAGUCAUGUUUCUAUUCAUUAUGCAAGUAUAAAAUAUCUUGAAAGUGGAUAUUGGACAUUUGUGUCAGAUUAAGGAGCUAUUUCUUCAAGGGUAAUGUAUGCCUCUUGUGAGAAUCUAUUCAUGUAUUAUAAUAGUUCAGUUUCACUUAAAGGAUAAGGUCAUUUGAAGUGUUUGUGUGAUGUGUAUUGCAUUAUGUAAAUGUACAUAUGAAUCGUACAUGACUAUAACAGUAAUCCCUGAUAGCCAUGCAUUUCAUAAUUUUACGACUGACAUAUCACAAACACAUUUUUUGCUACUUGUAUGACCUCGAGCAACAAAGUAUGUCCUCAGUGUUAGGUUCUACUGUUUUAGGAUAUCUAGUGACUAACACACUAUUUC